UCGAGUUGAAAGGAGAGAAUUACUACCUCCCAGACCAAUUACUCCGGACUCAUUCCACUCUUUCUUUGUAUUGGCCUUCCUGCUCCCGGGCGGAGGUGAACCUCAAACAACGUGGAGAUCAUUACAAGAGGUACCCCCCCAGGAAGCCCAUUACAAUACUUAUUAAGCUCAUAACAUAACCUCUUAGUAAACAGUAACCAGAUAUUCUUUCUUCCAAUAAACAAUUCAUUCUUUCUCUCAAUUUUAUUGCACACAAUUCAUCUUUCAAUACUUUCAUAUAAUAGUUUUUUCCUUUAUCAUCACAACCUAGUCUUGAAUCUGUUAUUAAAUUUCAUUAAUUUUAAGCAUAUUUCUUUUCUUUAUUCCAUAACUGCAAUCACUACGGUAAGCUGCUUGCUUGAACCGUGUGUGCUUCGGGUGCAUGUUGGUCUCAUUAUCCCAUACAUUUCGGUGCCAGUUGUCCUCUCUGCAUGCUGCCUUCCUCCCAUGGUUGUCUGGUUUCUGGAUGCAUUUCUUGCAGUGUUUGAACCUUGCAUGAGGACGAUAACCUCUUUUCCGGGGCCUUCCUUGUUGCUUCCUCCGGUGAGCCUUCCUGUGCUGGGUUCCAUGUUCCACUCUGACAUCGUCCUGCUGGUCACAUUUUCUGCUUGCCUUGGUGGCGGUUUGCUCCUUGAACUUAGUGUGCCGCAGGUGGAUCCAACAAUGUUUGGGCGGCGACUGCUCAAAACGGGUAUGCUGUGGGGGUGCUGCAUGCUGGUGCACAGGUUCAGUGCAUGGAAGCGGAACUGGGAGAGGAAAUCCUCUAGGCUCCUAAUGUCUCGCACCCUGCUCUGGAAAAACAUCAGCGGCUCGCCAAGUAAUAAACUGGACAAUUGGAAACGCCACACUAACCAAGAGGUUGGUGGUGGCGGAUGGCGGUUGACUGGUCACAUUGGGCGGCGAUUGGGUGGCGGCCUUCUCUGUUCCCUCGGCGGCGCUUGGAGCGGUCUGCAGAGACAUCAGCACCAGAUUGGACGCCCUCACUCCUUUAUCUCCACCAGCUGGACUCUCAUCAGUAUUUAUUGCAUCGACGGCAUUAUCAAUCCCAGUAGAAGACAAUUGUGCCAGGUUUUGUGGGUCGAAAUUGAUGGAGCAUAUGCUGCCUCCUUCUCUCUCCCAUGGAGUCUCUGCUAUAUUGUCCCGGGGUUGGUGAUCAGCCGGUGUCAUGGUUGUAGGGUUUCGGGGAUGGUUGCUAAAGUAGGAAAUUUGCGAGUUUGCUGGAGACUGGUUCAUGGUGACGAUACGUAUGGAAUACUUCAAAUAAGUUGCCAAGUGUACUACCAAAUUGCAGGAAUAUUAAAAUGGACGUACUGACAGUGCCUAUUUUGGAUGAAUUGUGUGGUGUUGAUAGUUUCAAGUGUCAUGUACAUAAUGUUACUCGGAAAUCAUCCAAGUCAUCCAGGUAUGAUAGUAAACAUGGAGAA